UUGGAUCUAUAAAUAUAACACCACACUAUUGGACGUAAACAUUCAAUAACUAACCUCUCAGUAUAUAAACGGAUAAAAAUUGCUUAUUGGUGUUUUAUAAAAAAAAUACUUUUUCAAAAAUUUAUGAAUAAAUACUUGAUAGAAAUAUGGAGCCAGAAUAUAAUUUUGAAACAAAUAAUUCGAAUCAAUCUUUCAAUGAAAUUAUAGGACAUAUAGAAGACAUAUUAAUCGAGCCUGAGUUCCAAGAAACUCAACUGCAUUUUUUAGAAAAGUAUUGGAAAGAAUUCGAUUCCGAAGAAGAAAAUAAAUUAAUUUAUAUGAAUAUAUUUGAAGAAUAUCAUAAAACAAUUGAAAAUUACAUAGAAACUAAUUUAAAGAAAAUAAUACCUGAAUUUUCAAUGGAAUCAUUACUCAAAUACUUGAGUGACUAUAAUUCGGAAUUAGAGGGUGAAGUUUUCGAAAUUCUCUAUGCCUUGACAGAUUUUUUAGCAUUUAAGGAAAUGGUUUUAGAUUAUAAAGCCGUAAAAGAAGGGAAGAUUCAAGAUCUAAGUACCGGUAUUAUAAUCACACCUAUAAAUCAUUGAAUUCAAGUCAUUCGAAAAUUGUACGGAACAUUAAAAUCAAUUUUUUUAUACUUAUUUAUUUAAAUAUACAGACUAGCUGACUCGACAGACGUCGUUCUGUUAAAAGGGUCAAAAGCUAUUGGACUGUGGCAGUUCCACAAACUUAUUUUAUCUGGUCAAGUAUUGGUGAUGGCGUCCCUUAUAAAGUGUGAUGACAUCUUUAGUUUUUAGUAAUAUUCAGCAGAACAGAUAAGUUUGUGAUACUAUACAAUCACAAAUGUGUAAUUUAAACCAAAAAUCAAUAAUAAACUUGCAUAAUAUUAAUAUA